AUGUCGUCCACCGACAUGUCCCCGGUGCUGGCAAUCCUGCGCUCACUUUACCUGCACAUCCGGACUCUGGAGGAGUUCGCGGACAGCCUCGUGUUCAGAGAGGGACAGGGGGCGGUGCUGGUGGAGCCGACUGACACCCUCCGCUUCAAGUCCUUCGUCCGGACUGUUUACGUCUGUUCUGACAAGGAGCUAAAGCAAAUACCGAGCUGCAGCCAGAUCUGCUCUCUGCCUGAGCUGUUGGCCUUCGUUCUCAAUAGUGUGAAAAGAAAAAGGAAAAGGAACGUCUUGGCACACGGCUACAAUUUUCGCUCUGUUGCUCAGGAGGAGCGGGAUGCAGACCACUUUAAAUUCCAAGGAGAUAUAACUCAAAGUGCGGCUUACAUCCAUGGCAGCGACUUGUGGAAGAAGGUCACAGUACGUCUCGGCACAGACAUCACACGGUACCUGUUGGAGAGCUGCUCUGUGUUCGUGGCAGUCCCCCCUUCAUGUGUUUUCCAGGUGAGUGGCCCUCCUGUGUAUGACAGGGUCUCCAUGGCUACUGCCGCCCCCAGGUUUUUUCUCCAGCCUCGUCGCAGGGCACAUAACGGUACCCAGUUUGGAAAAUAUCAAGAGUCGGUGACCUGGAAAAAGAGACACCAAGUCGACAACCGAACAGUCAGUAAGAUGAACAGAGCAGAUGUAAAAGGGAGGAGGGGGAAAAGAAAGAGAGAAACUGAUCAGAAGGAUGGCGAGGAGGUAAUGACAUGUUCAAGAAAGAGAAGACGAGCAAGACAGCAAAAACAAACACGAGACAUCCAUCAGGUAUGUACUGAGACAGUGGAGGAAGAGCAGCCCAUGUCUGUGGAACGAGCAUCAUCUGUGAAGCCCUUGGAAGACGGUGGUACUGGUUCUAAAAAGCCUGUUGACGUUCACACAACAAUAAGUCCCUUGGAGGGAGGACCCAGUUGGAGAUCAGGGGUUUUUCCCCCAUUACCUCCCUCGCAGUGUUUUAUUCGCACGCUGGGAUUCCUGUAUGGGGGAAGGGGAAUGCGUAGCUUCCUUCUCAACAGGAAAAAGAAGAGUGGCGUUGGGUCCAGGAGGCUACAAGGAAGAGAUCUGGUGAGAAUAGUCUUCUUUGAGGGACUGGCUUAUCUAAACGGGCUUGAGAGGAAUCCGAAGAAACUUCCCCGGCGCUUUUUCAACAUGGUUCCCCUGUUCAGGCAGCUGCUGUGUCAACACAGGAGAUGUCCGUACAGCAGAAUACUGCAGAGGAUGUGUCCACUGCUGGAGGAGAGAGUGGCAGGGCAGGAAGAACUGAUCUCCCUCUUGCCUCAGCGCUGUGCACCUCACAGGGUCUACCUGUUUGUCAGGGAGUGUCUCUCCGCUGUGAUCCCGCAUGAGCUGUGGGGCUCCGACCACAACCGACUUCAUUUCUUAACAAGGGUCAGGGGCUUCCUGCGCAGCGGCAAGUUUGAGAGGCUCUCAUUGGCUGAACUGCUGUGGAAGAUGAAGGUGAAUGACUGUGAUUGGUUGAAGAUCAGUAAGACAGGGAGGGUUCCGCCCAGUGAGCUCUCAUACCGGACACGGGUCCUAGGUCAGUUCUUGGCUUGGGCUCUGGAUGGCUUUGUUGUAAGCCUUGUUCGAGCCUCCUUCUAUGUCACAGAGAGCAUGGGACAGAAGAAUUCCCUCAGGUUCUACAGACAGGAAGUUUGGGCCAAACUGCAGGAUCUGGCCUUCAGAGGUCACCUUGCCAAGGGUCAGAUGGAAGAGUUGACACCGACACAGGUUGCCUCCCUCCCCAAAGCUACGGUGGUCUCCCGCCUUCGAUUCAUCCCCAAGACUGACAGCAUGAGGCCGAUCACGCGAGUCAUAGGAGCUGAUGCUAAAACUAGGCUUUACCAAAGUUGUGUCCGGAACUUGCAGGAUAUGCUGCAGGCCUGUGCGCGCUGCACUCCCUCUCUCCUGGGCUGCACGGUCUGGGGGAUGACGGACAUUCACAAGGUUUUGAGCUCUCUGGCUGCAGCGCAGAAGGACAAGCCACAACCCCUCUACUUUGUGAAGGUGGAUGUGAGCGGAGCCUAUGAGAGUCUGCCUCAUGACAAACUCAUUGAGGUGGUUGGCCAGGUGCUCUCAACUGACCACGAUGAACUCUUUACCACCCGCCGCUACGCCAAGAUCUGGGUAGAUUCCCAUGAAGGCCUGAAAAAGACCUUUGUCCGACAGGCAGAUUUCCUGGAGGACAACAUAGGAUCCACCAACAUGAAAGGGUUUGUGACGUCAAUGCAGAAAAAAGGGAAAGUCCAUCAUGCCAUUCUGGUGGAGCAGCUUUUCACCUCAGAUCUUCACAGCAAAGAAGUGUCACAGUUUUUCACCCAAAUGCUAACUGGCAGUGUUGUUCAGUUUGGCAAAAAGACAUACCGUCAGUGCAGAGGGAUUCCGCAGGGAUCCGUUGUGUCCAGUCUGCUCUGCUGUCUCUGCUACGGUCACAUGGAGAAUGUCCUGUUCAAAGAUGUUUCUAAAAACAAAGGGUGUCUGAUGAGGCUGGUGGAUGACUUCCUUCUAAUCACCCCAGACUUGCAUGAAGCACAAAGCUUCCUCAAGAUCCUGCUGGCUGGUGUCCCACAGUAUGGUCUAGUGGUCAACCCCCAGAAGGUUAUGCUCAACUUCCAAGCAUCAGGAAGCACUGACUCUUGUCCCGACAUCCGAGUGCUUCCCCCUCAGUGCCUCUUCCCCUGGUGUGGACUGCUGCUGGACACGCGCUCUCUCGACGUCCACAAAGACUAUUCUAGCUAUGCAGGCCUGUCUCUGCGCUACAGCCUCACUUUGGGCUCUUUCCACUCAGCCGGACAGCAAAUGAAGAGGAAACUGAUGUCAAUCCUCAGACUCAAAUGCCAUGCCCUGUUCUUGGACCUGAAGACUAAUUCUCUUGAGGCAGUUUACAACAACACCUACAAGCUGGUGCUGCUUCAUGCAUACAGGUUCCAUGUGUGUGCCCAAAGUUUGCCCUUUGGCCAGAGGGUUGAUAAGAACCCUGAAUACUUCCUGAAAAUGAUAUGGGACAUGGCUAAGUACGGCAAUCAUCUCAUCAGGCACAGCAACAAAGGUCUGAUUUUAGGCAGUAAGGCUCAGACGGGUGUUGUGCAGUAUGAAGCAGUGGAGUUGAUUUUCUGUCUCUCCUUCCUGCUGGUGCUGUCCCAGCAUCGUCCUCUGUACAAGGAUCUGCUCACACGCCUGCACAAACGGAGGCGCAGUCUGGAGCGGCGCCUGGGGGACAUGAGGUUGGCCAGAGUCCGACAGGCCGCUUACCCCAGGACUCCAGUUGACUUCCUGGCCAUCCACAUGUAGA